AUGUCUUCCAAAGAACCUCCCACCAUCCCCACGGCCUCCUCUGACCCCAAUGCCCCCACCAAAACCUACACCGCCUCCUGCCAUUGCGGCAAAAUCAAAUUCUCCGCCAAAGUCUCCCCACCGCUUGAGGGGGGAGCGCACGAGGUGGCGAGCUGCAACUGUUCCAUCUGCACCAACAAAGGAUACCUGCUCAUCUACCUAGCCAAUGAUGCAAUCACUUUCGAGAGCGGACAGGAAGAAAUUAAGGGCUACAGCUUCAAUAAGAAGCAGGUGGAGCAUUGCUUCUGCCCGAACUGCGGAUCGGCUCUGUUCAUAUCUUCGAUCAAGCCGGGCUUUUUCGAGGGCAUGAAGGCUGUGAAUGUCCGCAAUUUCAAGGAUAUCGAGAUUGACGACUUGAAGCUGAAGAAGGCAGAUGGGAGGAGUUACUGA